CUCAGUCUAUGCGCUGAUUAACCGGAAGGUUUUACCCAAAAAGUAACUUUCAGUGCGUGUAGCAUACAAAAACACUUUCAUUAUUGGACAAGUGUGUGUGCAUUCAAUCAGGACUUUUGUAUCUAUUGAUGGCGUUCCUUUACCAUUAAAAAUACACUCUAACUCUUCCUGAAGAUGGUUUGGGUGAUGCUGCUCCUGCUAGGGGGAAACACAGUGAUGCACGUUCUAGGGGUGUACCCGUGUGAUUCGAUGCCAAAAGGGUUGCCCAAUCCUCCUAGUCUGCCUAGCCUACCAGAGCAAUAUGAAGUGACAUUUGAAGUCAACGUAGUCGAGAAAAUGAAAUCGUUUCUUGUCCGUGAGAGUUUUGAUCACUCAAACAAAAUGGCUGCCCUGCAUGUGACAUCGGAGAACCUGACAGUGACAAACAUUAUUGACUUCAAUACUGGAGAGCGAUACAGAUUUGCACCAAAUGGAACGUGUAUGACAUACAAUAUCCAUGACUGGAAUCCAGAUAACAUGUUUCUUCUUGGAGAUAUUGGAACUGUCCACUCUGGUGAUGUGUUUAAUUUCUGGCGAAAUUACCAUGAAAUCUAUGUUGAAAAAACUGAGAUUCGUGGCAUUCCUGUCAAUCACUGGGCAUCUUGUCGACAAUCGUACGCACGUCACGCGACAUUCCGUGUGGAUUAUUUUUUCAGCCGAGAUAACUUCUUGAGUCCAACAAAUGAUACAAAUAUUCCAAUCAGAAUGAUCGUAACAGGUGAAUUAGCACUGCACAAGGAUUCACAAGGAAAUGCAAAACCAACAGGAAAUCGCAAUUUCUCCUAUGUCUAUGAAUAUUCAUACUUCAAACCAGGACCAAUCAAAGAUCAAACGGUUUUCCAUUCUCCUAAAGGAAUUGUCUGUAAAGGACGGAUGAAUGUGAAGCAGUUACCCAGAAUUCCACACCAGUUCACUGUCGACAUGGAGAUAAAAAAUCCUAUACAGUCCAGAGCCUUCAGGACUUAUUUCGACUACAGUUUCAAGCUGACACGAUCUGACAUGUUUUACCCACCUAAAUCAGGAAGUAAAUAUGGUGUCAUCUCCGUCAUUCAAGAUUUUGAAUCAGAGGUUGUGUACAGGAUUAACCAACGUGAUGGAAAGUGUGUGAUGCAAUCUCUUCAAGCUCUGCCCGACUGGCACAUGAAGUAUAUAUUUGACUUGCUGAAUGUCAGUAACAAAACCUAUGUGUAUCAGGGCAAGAGGAUGCUACGAGACAUGGUGGUUGACGCGUGGGGGAAUGUCACCGACGAUGGAAUUGUCCAAGAGUUGUACUUUGUCCCGCCAUCAAAUGAUUCGAUCUUUGGUAACCGUGGAAAUGCUGGAUCUAAUACAUCUCCAUCUGUAAUUCCGGAACAUCUGUCUAGUCUGGUUGGACUGUUCCGGAGAAAUAUUAACCACAAGGUCAACACCUCGGCACAGACGCUAGAACAAGAACACUUGGGCAAGCCAUACUUCAAGGGGGAGACAACUCUACAUAUCUACAAUUUCAUGUUGGGACAUCCUGACUUGUCCGUGUUUGAUAUCAGUCCAUGUUACCCUGACGGAUCGAGAGAAAUGUACCUUCAGUUUGUUGUCCCAGGGAGAUACAGUGAGGACGUAACUGGUCAGAGUUCCGAGUUUUACACGGCAGUUAGGUCGAUCAUUGCAAAGGUUGCUGGGAUAUCUCUGCUCAGAGUUGGUUCAUUACAUAUUCGACCGAGCGACAGUGAGGAAGACAAACUGCUGAUAGUUGUCACACUGUUGGAUAAAACUCCAUCCACGGUCAAAGUGAAGAAAGGCUUCUAUGAGUUCACACUGCCUCAAGCAUACUACAAUCUCGUCAAGGCAUUGAAUCACCAUCGUCUGAAUUUCAGCAUCGGAACAGCACCAGAAAUAAAGUGGUACACCAUUGAAAAGGAUUCACUUGCAAAAACUACCAACCCAUUAACAGGGAGAAACUCAGAAAACUACAGCGCAGCCUCCAUGGCUGGCUUGGGAAUUGGGAUGAUCCUGCUGGGAUGCAUUCUGGGAUUGUUCAUUGCCUUCGUCAUUUACCGACGCGCGAAUCCAUUUUCUCUCAUCCCCUACCAAAGAACAAGUACAUAAUUCCGACUUUUAGAAGGGCCGUCUCAAAGCUGCACAAUGAACAAAACUAUUUAUUAAUUUUUCUCCUUGGAACAACAACAUACCUCAUAUGCCCACUUGAUACUGUGUUGUUGUAUCCUUACACCUUUAAUAUAUAGAGCUUAUUACCAGACAAUCUAAUUAAAAUUAGCUCCACUAUUACAUGUGAAUCUAACAGCAGCCCGUUGGAGCUCAUGUCCAGUUAACCUUUCAUUCGACUAAUCAAAACCUUACUUGUAAAAUCAUGCCAGUGAUU